AUGGCCCUGCAGCAGCGGCGCGAGAAGCAGCAGCAGCAGCAGCAGCAGCAGCAGCAACAGCAGCAGCAGGAGCAGGAGGAGGGAGCUCCGGCGCCGACGGGCGCGCCGAAGCGGGGCGGCGCGGCGGCGGCGGGCGUGGCGGAGGGGGGCGCGGCGGGGAAGGUGAAGCCCAAGGCGGGGAAGGGGCCGAGUUUCAUGGCGUUCCUGCCAAAGGCGGAGGACCAGGGGCCGACGCUGGCUGUGGCUGCCACACACACGUCGGCAGUAAAGGCGGGGCCACCCAAGGCGGUCGCUUUUGCGCCGGUAGAGGCAGGGAGCGCCGACGGCGCGGUCGCGGGUCCAAGCGCAAGCGCGGGCGCGGGCGCGGCCAGCGUGGCGGAGGCCGGGCAGGAGGCGCAGCAGCGAGGGGCCCGGCGGCGGCAGCGGCCGUCCGCGGGUGACGGCGGCGGCGCCGCCGCCGGCCCCGCCAGCGGCCCUAGCAGCGGCUCGGACGGCAGCGGCAGCGAGAGCGACACCGAGAGCGGCAGCGGCAGCGACAGCGACAGCGGCGGCGAGGGCGAGGGCGACGGGCGGGCUGACAAGGCGCCGCGGGAUAGGGAGGCGGAGCGCGAGGCGCGGAAGCUACAUAAGAAGGAGACAAAAGAGGCCAACAGGGAGCGUCGCAAGAGCAAGAUGCCCAAGCAUGUCAAAAAGGCGCACAAGAAGAAGGCCCACAAGAAGAAGUGA